GCCCCGCAGCGGCUCCAGGGAACCUUCCCUCCGGGAGUCCUCCCGCGCAGCCUCCGACCACCGAGAGGAGCGCCUAGAGCGCCCGCCCGCCCGCCCCGCGCCGCUCCGCCCCGCCCCGCCCCGCCCCUCCCCGCCCCGCGCGCUCUAUGCCGGAAGUGGACGUCACGUGUCGCCCGCAGGCGCUGUCGCCGCGCACGUCAGGUCGCGCCGCGCUCCGGAGAGCAUCGACGACAUGCCUUUGGCCCGGGAUUUGCUGCACCCGUCCUUGGACGAGGAGAAGAAAAAGCAUAAAAAGAAACGACUGGUUCAGAGCCCCAAUUCUUACUUUAUGGAUGUGAAAUGUCCAGGUUGCUACAAGAUCACCACGGUUUUCAGCCACGCGCAGACGGUGGUUCUCUGUGUGGGCUGCUCCACGGUGCUGUGCCAGCCGACGGGAGGCAAAGCCAGGCUCACAGAAGAGACAGGCCUGUGCGUGACGGUUUGUCCCGAUUCCUCCGCAGGGUGCUCGUUCAGAAGAAAGCAGCACUAGGACCGCACAGCUCCAGCAUCCGCCACGUCGCAGAAGCCUUAUCAGCUCAGUGAUUCUGUCGGUCAGGAUAAUGUCAUUAAUUAUGCUUAAUUUUGUAAGGUAGACAACAAUAUCCUAUUUUGGUGUCAGUUUUUCAAUAAAGUUUUGAUUAUGGGCAAU